CGCCAUCUCAACCACAGCCCCGUUGCUGCUGCGCUGGCAGAGCAAGAAAGGGACAAGACGAUCGAGAUAGGGAGAGAGGAGCGGCCGGGGAGGAGGAUGGAGAAUGGACUCAAGGCAGAGCUUCCUUCGCUUCCUUGUCGUCGAUGAAUUCUUCCCCUUCGCUUCUAGGGUUUAGCGGGCUUUUCUCCGCUGGCGAUUGCUUCAAGACCAAGCUCGAACCCUCGUCGAUUGCGAUCGGUAGCGGAGUCGGCUCCCCUCUUGUCGAUUGCGAGCGGUAGCGGAGUCGGCUCUCCUCUGUUUCGCACUGGCGGGAAUCAAAGGCGCCGUCGCCUUCCUCCUCUUGUCGGCGCUUGCGCACCUCGUUGAUAUCUUCGAUUUCAAGACUAGGAGUCGGCGGAGGCGGAAGGGUUGGGGAGGCGGAAGCCGCCGGAGUGGAGGAAUCCUUCGGUGGGUCGUCCGCCUUUCCGGAUUGUGCUCCGCCGCCAUGGUAAUGGUGUUGUUAUCCCCCUCCUUCCAGUCCUCCCCUCCAGCCGAGGCCAUUCGAUCCUCCCAUUAUCUACGGUUUCCUGGCGGCGGGUACAAUCACCAGCUAGCCGCCGCCUCUAGCGAGACCAAAGGUUUCGCCUUCCGGCAAGCGCCCCGGUUUUACAAUGCUGCUGACUGUGAACCCCCGUCUGCUAACGGCAGCUCCGUCUGCGAUUCCUCGCUUGUCCAUGUCGCAAUCACCCUCGACGAGGAGUACCUGCGGGGCUCGAUCGCGGCGGUUCACUCUGUGCUGAUGCACGCCCAGUGCCCAGAGAGCGUCUUUUUCCAUUUCUUGGUUUCGGAGCUGGGCAUGGAGUCGGUGGUGCGCUCGGCCUUCCCAGGCCUCCGCUUCAAGGCGUAUUACUUCGAUCCAGACCGUGUCCGAUGGAUGAUUUCGACGUCGGUGCGGCAGGCCCUGGAUCAGCCACUCAACUACGCACGCAACUAUCUGGCGGAAAUUCUCGAGCUGUGCGUGAGCCGAGUGAUCUACCUAGACUCCGACCUAGUGGUGAUGGAUGACAUCGCCAAGCUGUGGCGGAAAGGGUUGGGAUCGAAGGCCGUUGGGGCGCCAGAGUACUGCCACGCCAACUUCACCAAGUACUUCACCGACCGGUUCUGGUCCAACAGGCGCCUGGCAGCCACAUUUGCGGGGCGCCGGCCUUGUUACUUCAACACUGGAGUGAUGGUGCUUGACCUUGUCCGAUGGCGGCGCGCGGGGUACACUCGACGGAUAGAACGGUGGAUGGAGGUACAGAAGAGGGGCGCAGCGCCCGGCGGAGCAGGGCGGAUCUAUGAGUUGGGGUCUCUUCCGCCCUUCCUUCUUGUAUUUGCAGGGCAAGUAGCCCCCAUCGAGCACAGGUGGAACCAGCACGGGCUCGGCGGGGACAACGUGAACGGUAGCUGUCGGGAUCUCCACCCAGGGCCGGUGAGCCUCCUUCACUGGAGCGGCAAGGGCAAGCCUUGGGUGCGGCUCGACUCAAACCAGCCCUGCCCGCUCGACCACAUCUGGGCGCCCUACGACCUCUACGGUUUUGCUGCCAAAUGACCAUUGCACAGCUUCUGCCCUGCCGCAUCUGGUACUAAGCUCUCUCCCUUGCUCGCCCCUCUAUUUUUCACCGUAAAUCCUCAUCUCAAAGCACUUCCAUUUUCAUCUUUCUCCAUUAUUUUUUUGGUUCUCUCUUAGACAUCGUCUGAUUCUUACUCUCUCUGGGUUUAGUCAUGUAUAACUUGAAGUUUUUUUUUUCCUUAUUCGUUGCUCUCCACCAUUUUGGUGCGAGGCGAUCUUUCAUUUUGACUACUGCUUUGCUGAAUAAAAUAGAGACGGAUAAUUCAUUCUGCUGCAUAUAUAUAUAUAUAUUGUAAUGUUACGCAUUUUGCCUAUUGCUUUUGUCGAUGCUUACGA